UUUUCCAAGGCCAGAGAGGAUCUACGUCGGGUUGUCACGAGUGGUUGUCCCGUUCACCGUGCACAGGCUCGUUAUAGUCGGUCUCUGGGUACUGGCGGGACCUUCACACACGCAGAGCUUUAACCACUGGGCUACUGGAGCGGUGUGUGUGUGUGUGUGUGUGUGUGUGUGUGUGUGUGUGUGUGUGUGUGUGUUAUCUGACGGGCGCGAGUGUCCUUGGGCCUAUUAAUGGUCGCCGUCCCCCCUUCCGUCACUCACUCGCUGGGUCCCGUCAGUCGCCUCCCACUCCCAGCGACAGAUUGCUCCACGUCCUCGUCGGGGCCGCACAACAACACACCUCCCAGCACGGACAUCGAGACAGGAACCAUGAGUCGAAAGGGCCUACUGGAGCGCCUGAAGGAGGGGGUGGUGGUGGGCGACGGCGGGCAAAUCUACGCGAUGGAGAGACGAGGGUACGUGAACGCCGCGCACUGGACCCCUGAAGUGGUGGUGGAGCAUCCUGAAGCCGUGCGGCAGCUGCACCGGGAGUUCCUGCGAGCGGGCAGUGACGUGCUGCAGACCCUCACCUACAACGGGAACCAGGAGAGGCUCAACAGGUCCCUGGGAAAUAAAUACACGGUACAAGAGAUCAACGACGCCGCGUGCCGCAUAGCCCGGGAGGUGGCAGACGAAGGGGGCGCCCUGGUGGCGGGCAGCAUCGUCAAGUGCCCGUCCUAUGCUGAGGGCAAGGGCAAGGCCGCCGUCCAGGCCCAGGUGCGGCAGCAGCUCCAGCCGCUCAUUAAAAACAAGGUGGAUUUCGUCAUCCUUGAGUUCAUUUUCUACGUAGAAGAGAUGGAGUGGGCCAUUGAGGAGGCUCUCAAGACGGGGCUGCCGCUGGCCACCACGCUGGCCAUCUGUGACAAGGGCGACAUGGCCGGAGUCCCGGCAGGGGAGUGUGCCGUCAGGAUGGCCAAGGCCGGAGCGCGGGUGGUGGGCGUGAACUGCUUGUUCGAUCCCGACACGACGGUGAAGACCAUCAAGGCCAUGAAGGACGCCCUGGACGCGGCGGGACUGAGCCCUUACCUCAUGACGCAGCCCAACGGCUUCCUCUGCCCCGGGGUGGGCAAGCAGGGCUACCUCUCCUGCCCAGAGUUCCCCUUCGCUCUGGAGUCGCGGCUGGUGACCAGAUUUGACGUCCAUCGCUACGCCCGCGCCGCCUAUGACCUUGGGGUGCGGUAUCUCGGCGGCUGCUGCGGGUUUGAGUCCUAUCACAUCCGUGCCAUCGCCGAAGAGCUGGCGAAGGAGCGGGGCAAGCUGCCACCCGCCAGCGAGAAGCACCAGCCAUGGGGGAAGUCCUUGGAAAACAGCAACUAUGAGUAUACAAGGCGAAGGGCUGGCCGCGAGUACUGGGAGAACUUGGUGCCUGGCUCCGGCCGCCUUCAGCCUCCCUCACACGGCUACGACCCCAAGCCAGAGGAAGACUGACACCGUGAUGCUUGACUCCCUGCCCUCCGCUUUUCCUAACUCCGUGGCUCAAGACAUGUUAAGCAGUGACCAAGAUCUAAGAAUAGAGGUGCAGCUCGGGGUUAAAGUAUGAGGGGUCCAAAAGGGGUUCUCUGUUAUUCCACACAGAAUGAUGAAAUUUGUUACAUUA